AUCGAAGUGAAAAUGUGCGAGUUACAUAAAAUAAGUACGGAUUAUUAAAACCAAACAGUUUGAAAUACCGUUAAAAUCGCAAACAGUUCAAUGUAGUCGUGUUUUUAAACAUUUUGUAUUUUUAAAUACAAAAAUGAGUUUAGGGGGGCUUCGGACUCUGUGCAAACUCUUUGUGUGUUUCUACUGUUUUGCUGUUUGUAGAGGCUCAGACGUGGUGUUCGUUCUAGAUGGUUCAGGAAGCAUGGGAGAAGACAUGUUCAACAAGGGGAAAGAUCUUAUUGUACAGUUUAUAGAUUCUGUCACUAUUGGGCCCAGCUACGUACAAGUGGGGCUGUAUAUUGAUUCAAGUGCUAUUGGUUCCGGUGCCCAAUUCCAUUUGAAAUCAUAUCACUCAGGGGAAGAUCUCAAAGCAGCAGUGAACCACAUAAGUUUUCCGACAGGAUUCGAAACUCCUUCAGAUGCUUUGCGGGAAAUUAAAUAUUCAAUGCUGACUGCCGAUAACGGGGCUAGGUUCAGUGUAUCGGCUUACGUCAUCUUCAUUUCAGACGGUGGCGGGUUCGGAGGCAACAUUCAUGAAGACCUCCGUGAUAUGAGUGAAAAAGAAGUGAUAUUUUACGGGGUGUGGACCGGAAAUUUACCGAUGCAGAACUUCACGGUUAAUUACGAUCUGACAUCUUUAGGAGAGAGUUUCGUUGCGGGAAGCAUCGCCGCUCGUAUGCUUACAGAACAAGACGUGACGCCAGUGUCUGGCAGAGAUAUCGUGUUUCUCCUGGACGGCUCUGGUAGUAUGGGUGACGCAGGAUUUCAAAGAUCGUUGAAUUUUAUAUGUUCCUUUGCUGGUUCCAUUGCCAUUGGACCUCAAUCGAAUCAAAUUGCCAUAGGUGUUUACACAGACCAUUUCGAGAGCCUGUUUUAUUUGGACGCAUUUACAUCUGCUGACACCUUGAGAGCAUCCAUGGCUUCGAUUGUGUUUUCUUCUGCUAGCACUGCGAACCUUGCAAUGGCUCUUCAGGGUGUCCUAGACUAUAUGUUUACAAUUGAUCAUGGUAAACGAUAUGGUACAGGUGCAAACUUAAUUAUCCUCUCUGAUGGAGCGCCUGUGUACGAGUCGCAAGAUGACGCACAAACUUUGAGAGAUAAGGGGGCUACGAUUUUUACUGUCGACGCCAGUAGUUAUAGCAACACAGUGUCUUUACAGACGUUGGCAUCGAGCAGCAAACAUCACUUUGCGUUUUACGGAACCGAUACUAGUGACAUUAUAACGGCAAUCCUGAACAUUGCAGGCAUAGGCUACAUCCUUCCAAUAACGGCGUUAACCUGUGAUAAUGGUGCUAUUUUUCAUACUAAGGAUGACAGUCCCGGCGGCACAAGUAUUAUUGUUGCGGCAACGGUGAUACCAGUUAUAAUAAUCAGCGGUGUAGUCGUGUACAUCUUGUGGAAAAGACUUCAGAAAAAACCUCCAGACAACUGUGACACGGCUCCUCUUAGCUGCUACACGUGGGAUCUACUGCUUGUUGCUGAUCAGAAGGACGCCGCUAUGAUGCUCACUGAGUCAAUCAUGCAAACAUUGCGAACUUCGAGACCAAGACAUGGCAUAAAACGAACGGAUCUUUACAGAUUACGAAUAUGCAAAGAAAGUGUUAGGUGCAAACAAGUUGUUUUCUUGAUCUGCCAUGAAAACACGAAAAUUCAAGAUUGCUUACAAAUUUGUGAAAGUCCUUUGAUAAUCAUCUUGAAUAGUAUGCACAUAUUUGAAUUUAAUCGCGAUUUCAGACAAGUACUAAGCCAACGACAUAACUAUAACUGUUGUUGGACAAGGAUCAUCAAGCCGUUCAGAAUCAGAACAAACGCUGCUGUUGAAAACUCCCCAAGUACUGUGCUAUUUAUAGAAGCAUUAUCCAGCUGUAUUUGUGAUUAUUCAUGGAUCAGGAAGUUCUUCGACAACGCAUAACAGAAAGGUUUUUUCUGAAAAUGCCUGCCGUUCACCCACCGUUUGUAUUUUCGAAUGAAUAAUAAUAUAAAUCAUCAAUUGCACUUAAGAUGGGUAAGGUAUUUCUCCCACCUCAGAUAAGUAGAUCCAAUAAUUUAACCAUGCUAGAAAUUCUUAUCUUGCCCACGGGUGAAGAUAAAAUGCCCGUAUGGAACUCCUUUUUAAUGGUCACCACAUUGUAAUUACCUCCCGUGUUGAAGACUGUCGUCUGUAGCAUCAUUUAAACCUUGUCUUUUGGCAUUAUUUAGAACGCUAAUUAAUUAUUUCUCGCUUCAAAUGUCACCAUAAAAUAGUUUUUACGCACCUUUCAAGAAAUAAGGCUUCACUCUCCUUAGAACUCUUUAAAGACCGGUUUGACUAUUACCAUAUUCUGAAUCACUGCACGCAUAUCCAUGACAUGCUUUCACAUGAAUUGUCGUAUAUCCAAACGCAAUUAUUUUCAAUAAGCACAAAAAGAGUCCCAGCAAAAACUAAAUUUUUACUUUAUUUUGUUAAACUGAGGUGGGAGAAAAGCAUCUUUCAUGGCCGCUCGUGUAAGAUAGGUUCAUCCCGACCCUCGCGCAGGGUGUUUUGCGGAAACUCGGUGUGUAAACCUCGUUUCCGCAAAAUACCCUACGCUCGGUUCGGAAUGAACCAAACUUACACUCUCGGCCAUGGAAGAUACUAAUAUUCUUGGUCUUGCGCGUGUUUUGUCACCAGGACAUAUACCGUCCGUUUAAGGGUUUAAGGAAGAAAGAGUGUUACCAGAAAGGCUAUUUCCUAAAGAUCGCAAUACACGGAGACAAACUUAUGUACAUGCAGUUGUACGUUCGUGAAUGCUCACCGUCAUCUCUCUUUGUAACUAUUUUCACAACGUAAGUGCUGAAAAUGAUGCCUAAACUAUGAAUUGUCAAGGUCAAGUUUUAUAUCCUUAGUGUUGUUCAGUGUGUGUAUACCACGUGAUAAAUUAGUUCAUAUAUGCUACGUCGGAAGACAACAUUUCGCUUAAAGCACUCUCACAGAUAUACCAUUUUUACAACUUUUUUUCCGUUCGAAAACAAUGUCUUAUGGCGUUACUAACGGUUUAAGAAAAAUGCACAAAACAUCAAUUUUUGAACUUAAAUAUCAAAAUCUGCGAUCUGAUUUUUUUGUCAGCAGUCUUAUAUAACUUGUUUCCAUGGAUUUUCGCAAAAAUUGGCUCGAUCCAAGACAAAAAAUAAAAAAAAGUUGCCAAAACGUUGAAUCUAUGAGAGUGCAGCUUGAAAAUGAAGACUUUAAACAAAGAUAACUUCACUAUUUCUUCACCAUUUUAAAAGAAAAUUAGCGUAGUCUAAGUCGCUUUCGGAGCAUCACAUUCGGUCUUUCUUAAAACACUUCGACAAACCUCAUCACUCUACGGCCGUCCGACGGAUCUGAGUGUCAAAACAUUAUUUUGGAAACAGGUUUGUCAAAGUGUUUGAUGAAACUAAUCACCUUAUCAAACUUCGGUAAUAAAACGAAGGCGGAGCUCUUUAAGCGGCAUAGACUAGACUGCAGUUUGUUUGAUUUAAAAUGGUGUAAUAAAAUAAAAGUUAUCUUUGAUUUAAGUCUCCAUUUUAAGCAAAAUGUUGCCUUCCGACGUAGCAUAUAUGACGUAAUUUAUCACGUGGUAUACACACACUGGUUGUUGAGAAUGCUCUGUUUCCUCUCGAACAUUAAUCCCAUAACUAUCUUUAUUAAUAAAUGUUUGGGUCCAAUGCACCUUUGCGACUUGCUGUACAAUGUUUUUAUUUACUUGUUUGAUUUUUUUCAUUGUAAAUUCCUUCGCGGCUAUAAUAUUAAACAUGUUGACAAAAAAGAUUGUGAUUUUUAUAAAUUUUCAUCACUAGAUUUGUUCCGUUUUCGAUUGAAUAUCUGUAUAUCUGUUAUGCUUUUCAGUGAAAUAUAGAGUUUAUCAGUGAUAUAACUAUAAAAGUGGUGUACAUAAAAGUGGUGGUGUUUAACAACAGUGAAAAUAAUUGCUGCAAACUAAGGAGUGAAAAUAUCAACUCUAAGAACCACAUUUAAAAUCAAUUGCCACAGUGUCCUAUUCAUAAUUUUCAUUCAUAAACUAUUGAUCCGUUGGUUCUCGUGCUUAUUAUGUUACGAUUCAUCUUUUUUUCAAACAUUGAGGCCAUACAAUUUCGGACAAUUGUUGCGCUGUAUGGAGUUUUAGCAUUUGAUUUGUUUCAUGAAUAAAUCAUCAUAUAUGUCGGUUAUAAAAGCUGUAGGAUGUCAUAUCUGUUUUGUUGAAUUAAAAUAACCAUGUCUUAUUGUAAACUACUUAUGCGCUAUAUAGUGCAGUCUAUUGUUCCAAAGUAUAACUAUACAUCAUCUAUAUCAAUAACGAAAUGACUCCUGAUAAUAACACAAAUAUGUUUCUUUUUCAUUUUCAAUAUAUGUAACUCCUAAAAUUUAAUACUUAUAAAUAAUUAUAAUUUAGCCUUAAUAAAAGUAAUUCUCACUAUCCCCGUUGGGAUUUUACAAUACCUCAUGUGUUUAUGAAAUGUAGUUAAUAAGUUUAUUUAUGUCGCAUCUGUGUAUGUUUGUUUUGAUACACUCGGAUGAUUAUUCAAAUCGUAGCAAUCAUUUGCUGUUGUGAUAUUUUGAUCGUCUAUGUAAUAAAGGUUA